AACUGAGUUGCUCACAACUGCGUCUCAGACAUGGAGGUUGAAAAUGAAAGGGUAGUGCCAAAAAAGGAAAUGUUGUGGUGUGUGCCAAAAUCACACAAGAAGUUUCUUUCACAGUUUUAUGUGUUGUGCCAUGGAUUAUUUGUAACUGGUCUGAAUUCCUACAUGAACGAUGGAUACAUCAAAGCUUACUUCAAACAAUGGGGAAAUGUCAUUUCAUGCAAGGUAAAGAAAAUUUCAAAAUAUGGAGACGAUAAUGCAGCGGCUACUGUGAAGUUUUCCGCUGAGUAUGAAGCAGACUUAGCCAACUGGUCUGGUCCUCACAUCAUCGGAGGUUUGGAGGUGGAAAUAAGACAGUUUGUGUGUCCAAAAACCGAGGAGGAUAUCAAGGAUGAGAAAGCAGCAGCCACAGAGAAACCUCGACCAGUACGUUCAAUGGGUCUGGGAUAUAUCCUGGAAGAUCCUCAGUGGUUAGAUGAUGAAGAGGAUGAGAGGGAAACAUCAGCAAUAAAAACAGUUGAAUAACUGAACAAACCAGAAAAACCAAACAAUCCAAAACAGUAAAUGCAUGUAUCUGAAUAUUGUAAAUGUUUGUAAAUCUUUCAUUCGCUGCAGAAGACUAAAAGGAAACAUUUAAUUUCAAGGAAUUUUAAAUAAUUUUUUCUGAUGUUAACUAUGACUUAUGUGGGCAAGGUAAAUUAAAAUACAUUUUCUAACUUUGCCUUGUGUUAAAUGCUUUUUAUAUGUUACUGUGCUUGUUUUAAAUGAGUAAAAAUAAACAGAACAAGG